AUGGAUUUCGACCCACAACAUCCGAAGUGGUUGUGUUGUUGCUGUCAUUUGACGAAUGGUUUGAUGAUUCUGGCUGGUUCUGAGAUUCUUCUUUCUGUUGCUUUACUGGCUUAUUCCAUUACUCAUAUCGCUGUAAUGAAUUCAAAUGGCCAAGUUACUGAUACAUCGUGGUUCAUGCUGAUUUUGGCACCAUUAAGCGUUAUAUUUGCUAUAACUUCUGCCCUUCUUAUCUAUGGAAUACAUGGGUAUAAGGAGAAUUUUAUGUAUCCAACGUUAGCAGGCAGGGCAAUAAUAAUUAUCUUUGUGCAAGCAUUUGGUGUUUCAACAGUAGUGCAACCAUCCGACAGUAUGCAUGAUCCAGAGACGCAUAGAUCUUGGAAAUUAUCCGAAAGUCAGGAGCUAAGUAAUUUUGCGAAUGAUAGGGUCCGUUUUGUUUGCCUGAUCUAG